CGCGGUUUGAGGCUGCACAAUCUUUCCAUGCCCUCCGACCCAUGUGAGAAGUUGAUCACCAAUGGCCUCACAAUGAUACCGAGAAGCGUCGCGUAUUGUCCGGCUUUACGGCCUAGGACAUGGGCGCCAACCCGGAAUGUAUCCCUUUUAUCCUUCCGGGCAGUAGCCUCUUUAUCAACAGAGAGGACAAGACGACGAUUUGCUCGGCAAGAUUCGGCUGGAGGAUCUACGACUGUGUCAAGAGCUUGGAACAGCACUCUUCCGAGUGAGAAGCAGUCGGGUCAUAUUUCUUCCCAGGAGAACGAAUCCAUUCUCUUUUUUGACAACAUCUUCCCCCUCAGACUCACUUUCCUCUUCAAGCGGCCAUGGCAGAGCCAUCAGGACAUUGCCGACAUGCUCGGGAGGUUCAACAGUCCGACAUUAGGGUUAUUGGAUCCUAUCAAUCUUGUCAAGAGGGCAAUUCCGAAGGACAUCCCCAUCAAGGUCACCGAGAUCCUCCCACACCUUAAAGACGGAGGGGCGUUUGUGAAAGUCAGCCAUGGGCCAGAAGUCAAGACAGAGGACUUGGAGGCGUCUCUGACCAAAAAACUCGAGUCGGCGCCUCUCAAGCCUUGGUUUAACCCACUCCGAGGAGUCAAGGCUGGACUUGUCAAGGGCAUGCCCUGGCUCGAAGAUUUGCACAGGUUUCCCAAAUCUCGGCUCAAAGUCGAGUUCAUUCCCAAGGAUCCCGGAGGCGAGGCUGUUGAAUUGUCUCAGGAGGAUUUAUACAGUCUGUUUCGCAAGUACGGCAAGAUUGCAGACAUCACUUCCCAGCCGGCCGAGUCAAAAGUAGUGCCCAAGUUUGCCCACCUAGACUUCGCCCUUAUUAGGGAUGCCAUUAUGGCCAGGAAUUGUCUUCAUGGGUUCCUCGUGACCGAGAUCCUGGGUGGCGGAAAGAACGGCACCAAGUUGCGGCUUUCGUACGAGCGGAAGGUUAAGGCACACAGCAUCUGGAAUUGGAUCGUCAACCAUCCUAGGUUAGUGAUUCCCGUCGCGGCUGGCCUACUCGCUGCCAUUACGGUUGCCAUCUUCGACCCGAUCAGGCAGUUUUUUGUCAAGGCACACAUUCAACAGACAUUCCGCUUGUCGGACAACCAGGUGUACAGAUGGCUUAAGACACGGACCACGGACCUCCUCGCUUUUGGACACGGCAAGUCGGGGCAGGACAGCUUCAACGAGGUCUGGAAGCAUCGACGGGACCUCAUCGAGAAAAUACAGACAUGGCUACUGGAGAGCUCAGACAAUUUCAUAGUGGUCCAGGGUCCACGAGGCUCUGGUAAAAAGGACCUGGUUCUGGAUCAGGCCCUCAAAGAGCGCAAGAACGUGCUUGUCAUUGACUGCAAGCCCAUUGUCGAGGCCAGGGGCGAAAGCGGUACGAUUAAGAAUUUGGCGCAGUCUGUCGGAUAUCGCCCAGUCUUCUCCUGGGCCAACAGCAUGAGCAGUCUCGUCGACCUCGCUCUGCAGAGUACAACAGGAGUGAAGGCCGGCUUCUCCGAAACACUCGAGUCGCAAGUGACCAAGAUCCUACACACGUCGGCGGCCGCGUUGAAGGAGGUGUCGCUUUCUGGACGGCAGAAAGAUGACAAGGACGCCGACAUAUCCGACGACGCCUAUUUGGAGGCCCAUCCCGAUAAGAGGCCGGUCGUGGUUAUCAACAACUUCCUCCACAAGAGCGACGAAUCUACCAUCGUGCACGAAAAGAUGGCGCAAUGGGCCGCCCUGCUCGUGCAGAAUAACGUGGCCCACGUCAUCUUCCUGACGAGCGAUACGUCGUACCCGAAGACUCUCUCCAAGGCGUUGCCCGAUCGCGUUUUCAGACAGAUUGCCCUGGGCGAUCUCUCUCCGGAUAUCGCCAAGAAGUUUGUGGCAAGCCGGUUAGAGGCCGACGACGACGGGUCGAGGCCGAAGGAGGGAGAUGGCAAGGAAUGGGCGCGGCCUAAUCUCUCCGAGCUUGACGAUUGCAUUGAGCAACUCGGCGGACGCCUGACGGACCUCGAAUUCCUCGCCAGGCGCAUCAAGGGAGGCCAGACGCCAAGGCAUGCCGUCGACGAAAUCAUCAGCCAGAGCGCCACGGAGAUCGUCAAGAUGUUCUUUCUCGGUAGCGCUAAGAACGACUCCGGCGGCCGGACGUGGUCUACCGAACAGGCGUGGUACCUCGUCAAGUCGCUUGCGCGCCACCGGAGCCUCCGCUACAACGAGAUUCUCCUGUCCGACACCUUCGCGUCGUCCACCACGGCCGAUGCCACCGACGGCGAAGCGGCCCUAGAGGGGUUGGCGAACGCGGAACUCAUCACCGUCAAGACACAGCACGGACGCCCGCAGACGAUUUCCGCGAGCAAGCCCAUGUAUCAGGCCGCGUUUGGUAUCCUGGUGGCCGACCGGGUGCUACAGGCCAAGAUGGACCUGGCGGUGCUGAAAGAGCUGGCCAAGGUCGAGAACCGAUCCAUCGAGAGAGUCGAGAGCGAGCUGGCGGUAUUGAGCACUCUACCGAAGCAACCUUCGCAGACGGGAGAGCGGAUCUCGUAUCUUCUCGGCAAGCUCGAGGGGAGCCAGCGGAAGAUUAACGAGUAUGAGAAGGAGAUGGGGAAGCUGAAGAAGGUACUUUCGCAGACGGACUGAAGCGCCCGAAGUGCGGUGUAACUCGAGGUCCGCGGAUCCUGUCUGUGUACGGAUAAAACCACAGUUGCAUGUCUUGAGCAGCUGAUUCUCUUCUCACAUGGAUUUGGUAGGAAUUAUGUGCUCCUCGUCACCCACCGUGUAUGUAUAUUCAAAGCAGAGCAAUUCUUUAUAGGCACCCUGAAAAUUCUCAAGCAUCUUAAUCGCAUUGGCUCGAG